CAACGGACCGUGCAAGUGACCCUCGGUCGGGCCGCAGGAUGAAGGCGGGGAAAAACGAACGGGAGCGAAGCGGUCGGCGGCGACACCGGUCAGGCGAUGCUUUGGCGACCGUGGUGGUGAAGCAGGAGCGUCUGAGUCCCGAACCCAUCGCGCACCGCCGGCCCGACGCUCCAGCCGCUAGCCCGUCCCCGCCGGCCGCCGAACCGGGCCGCGCCGGUCACCGCGGGAGCCGAGCCCGGGGAGCGAGCCGGUCCCCAGCCAAAAAGAAAAGCAAGUCCUCUGGGAGAAGAAGCAAGUCUCCUCGGACUAAGAGAAGCCGGAGCCCCCACUACUCCAUGGUCAAAGUGAAGCAGGAACGUGAGGACCAUCCACGGAGAGGACGAGAGGACGAGAGGCAGCACCGGGAGCCGUCAGAGCAGGAGCACAGGAGAGCUCGGAACAGCGACCGAGACCGCCACCGGGGCCAUUCCCGCCAAAGGAGGAGCUCUGAUGAGAGGCCUGUCAGUGGGCAGGGUCGGGAUAGAGACAGCCAGAACCUGCAGGCCCAGGAAGAAGAGAGGGACUUUCAUAAUGCCAGGCGCAGGGAGCACCGCCAGCAGAAUGAGAGUGCUGGCAGUGAGUCUCAGGAGGUGAUCCCUCGCCCCGCUGGGAACAGAAGCAAAGAGGUGCCCGUUAAAGAAAAACCAAGCUUUGAACUUUCUGGGGCACUUCUUGAGGACACUAAUACCUUCCGGGGUGUGGUUAUUAAAUACAGUGAGCCCCCAGAAGCCCGGAUCCCCAAAAAACGGUGGCGUCUCUACCCUUUUAAAAAUGAUGAGAUACUUCCAGUCAUGUACAUUCAUCGGCAGAGUGCGUACCUUCUGGGUAGACAUCGACGCAUCGCGGACAUCCCCAUCGACCAUCCCUCUUGCUCAAAGCAGCAUGCAGUCUUCCAGUACCGGCUUGUGGAGCACACCCGUGCUGAUGGCACAGUUGGUCGGAGGGUGAAGCCCUACAUAAUCGACCUCGGCUCAGGCAAUGGAACAUUCUUGAACAACAAGCGUAUUGAGCCACAGAGAUACUAUGAACUGAAAGAAAAAGACGUACUUAAAUUUGGGUUCAGUAGCAGAGAGUAUGUCUUGCUUCAUGAGUCUUCAGACACCUCUGAACUUGACAGGAAGGAAGAUGAGGAGGAGGAGGAGGAGGAGAUGGUGUCUGACAGCUAGCAGCUGAGCAGCAGCCUCCACUGUUAGAAACUGUCUCUCCUGGAGGCGGUGGGGGUGACUCCAGCGCCUCACCUUGCCUUAAGUCUUUCCUCUGUUGCUGCCCAGCUUAUGUUGCAGUCUGAGAACUGUCACUUCAUGUUUUCUGGAACUUGGCACAGCAGCUGCCUGCCUGUGGGUGCUUGUUUUCUGAAUAGUCCCACCAAUUACAGCAUGUCGAGCUUGGUCCAAGUGUGUGGCUGUGGUGGGUACCUUCAGAACUGCUGCAUAGGAAACAGCCCUUGGGAAGGGGAUGGUGGCUUCUUCUCUUUGUACAGUUUCUUAUUUAUAUAGUUCUUGAGCUUCGUGGACCAGGAGUUUUGUUUUGGGGACAAACCCUAGAGUAGAGAAUCUUAGUCAGCUUUGGUUAUCACCAAAACAACCUCCAGCAUAUACCAAAGCUUUGACCUGGUUCAGCUCUUGAGUCAUAGAAGUUGAUUUUGCAUUUCGUGUUUUGAGGUGACAGUUUACCGUGUGACCUCUCUAUUGGCUGUCUGUGAUAAACAGACACUCUGCGACACCUGUGUAGACAUGACUGUGUAGGGAGGUCAUGGCUUCUGCCAACAGGUGCUGGUGUCAUAUCAUGCACUGGGGUGUAGAUCUGCAUCCUGUGAGGACUCCUGAUUUCUCCAGGAAACACAGACAUAAUAGUUUGAUCAUCUGGUCUUUUUUCUUCAGCUUUGCAUUUUUAUUCAAAUGUUACCUCUCUUUUCUCCUUUUGAGAAACGCACUACACUGACUUUGAAGGAGGAACCCUGCUAUGGCCUAGGGACGUGCGUAUGUGUCUAAAGGAGGUUGUGUAGUUUCUACAUUUCCGCUUCAUCUUUGACCAUAUUCAUAUUUACCUCCCAAGGGUGGACAGUAAGGGACAGCCUAGUGUCUGAACUCCCCACCUGGGGUCUGUGUGAGUAGAAAGAUACUCCUUACUUACAGUCUGUGUGUUUCAGAGCUAUGUGCUGAUUUUCAUAUGACAGUGUUUUGUGAUAUAAAUAAUACCACAUGAUAGGCAAGAAGGCCUGUCUGCAUUUGGAGAGCAGGUUUUCAUUUAUAUGUAUUUUUGAGAUUAAAAAAAUAAAAUUUGUAAAUAUGGAGAGUA